AUGACAAAGUUUUUCGUUACAGGUGGAUCAGGUUUCAUUGGAUCAGAAGUUGUUGAUGAAUUAUUAUCACAUGGUCAUGAAGUCCUUGCACUUGCAAGAUCUGAUAAAUCAGCUGAACAAUUAAAAAAGAAAGGUGCUCAAGUGUUAAGAGGUACUAUUGAAGAUUUAGAUAUUUUGAAAACAGGUGCAAAAGAAACAGAUGCUACAAAAGCCAUUGCUAAUGUUUUAGAAGGAACUGGUAAAUUAUUUAUUUGGACUUCAGGUCUUGGUGGUCUUCCAACUCCAAUUGGUAUUCAAUCAACUGAAGAUGAUAAACCAGAUGUUGAUUCAGCUCCAAAAGAUGUUAAACAAAGAUUGGAAACUGAACAUUAUGUUCUUGAUGCUUCUAAAAGAAACAUUAAAACUAUCGUAAUAAGAUUAUCACCAAUUGUUCAUGGUGAAAAUGAUCAUGCAUUCAUUCCAUUUUUAACUAAAGGCGCCAAAGAUAAUGGAGCUGCUUUAUAUAAUGAUGAAGGUAAAUCAACAUGGCCAGCUAUUCAUAAGAAAGAUGCAGGUGUAUUAUAUAGACUAGCUGCUGAAAAAGGUCAAGCUGGUAAGGCAUAUCAUGGAGCAGCUGAAUCAGGAAUAGACAGUAAGUUAAUUGCUGAAGCUAUUGGUAAGAAAGUUAACGUUGGAGCUAAAUCUACAAACAUUGGUGACUUAGGUGCUAAACUUGGAUUUAUUGGGAUCUUUUUCGGUACAAACAUUAACUCUUCAUCUGAAAAGACUAGAAAAGAAUUAGGAUGGGAACCAAAACAAUUGGGAUUGCUUGAAGAUAUCGAAAAAAACUAUCAAUGA